AUGGCAGAACCACAUUGGAGCUUUGAAAGCAUCAAAGAGGAGGAGGCUGGGCUGCUUCUGCUUGUGGGCGUCUACAUGAAGAGGCCCAAAUUGGCCCCGGGGUGGUCACCCUGCCCCAUCUCCAUCUCCUAUGAGAUGAAUGACUCCCAAGACCCCACCACUUCCCCUGUAGCUAAAACCCAGGUAAAGCUGGGGGGCUGCAGCCGGCAAGGUGGGGGCAAUGGGUUCCUCCAUUUUCGCCAGCACAAAGAGCUCCAGGCCUUCCUCAACCUUCUGGAGGACAGUUUUGUCCAGGAAUUCCUCUCCAAAGACCCCUGCUUCCGGAUUUCAGAUAAGUAUCUUCUGGCCAUGGUGCUGGUCUACUUCCAGCGCGCCCACCUGAAGCUCAGCGAGUACACCCACAGCAGCCUGUUCUUGGCCCUGUACCUUGCAAACGACAUGGAGGAGGACCUGGAGGGGCCCAAAUGUGAGAUUUUUCCUUGGGCCCUGGGAAGAGAUUGGUGUUUACGAGUGGGGAAGUUCCUGCAGCAGAGGGAUAAGCUGUGGGCACGGAUGGGUUUCCGGGCUGUCGUGAGCCGCCAGUGCUGUGAGGAGGUCAUGGCAAAGGAGCCAUUCCACUGGGCUUGGACUAGGGACCGGCGCCCCCACCAUGGCGGGGUUCAGAGGGUCUGUCCACAGGUCCCUUUCCGCCUUCCCCGGGGCCCUGGCCUCUCGCCACCCCACUGUUCUCCCUGUGGCUUGCCCCAGCACUGCAGCUGCCACCCACUUAAGCCUGUGUCAUUCAAGUGCUCUUCUCUGACCUCGGAGUGUCAUCGCCUUCCCUCCCAAAAUUCUCUCUCAGCAUUCAAAAACACCUGGGACGGGGACUUUCUCCUCGUCUUACCCUCCCAGAUGCAACUGGAAUCUGACACCUACUGCCUCCGCAGUGAGUACAGGAUGGGGCAGGACAGGAGCUUCGAUCUGGGGGUGGGAGCUUGGGAGGCAGGAGGGAGGACCAACAGGAUGAGAGGGAGGGCCGUGGGCCUGGGAUCGCAGUGCUGCCGCCCCUCCUGUGUGAGCUUGGCAGCUUUCCUCUCUGAGCCUCACUCUCUCCUCUCCCCAGUUUUUCCAAAGCUUCUGCCACGCCUUGGGCACUGAAGCUCUGUAGGGUGAAGAAUGGCAUGCCUA